CUUCUGAUUUGGGUUUUAAUAAGCUCCCAAUUAAAAAAAGACGGUGUCGUGUUGGAACGCUCACACACACAUCUUGAACGGGAAACUCGGAGUCGGAGAUCGUACCGGAGGCCGGAGAACGGCGAUUUGUUUAAUCAACUGCCCUUUCGCUUCUUUUACUCUCGAUUAGCUCUGUAAGCGCAAUAGCGGUUACGCCGGAUUGCAUCUCACGAUUCGUUGAUGUCGGCGUCAUGGCAGUGGGAAAACGCCACCGCCGGCGCCGUAGCUGGAUUCGCCACCGUAGCUGCUGUGCACCCUCUUGAUGUCGUUCGUACGAGAUUCCAAGUCAAUGACGGUAGAUGGUCAAGUCUCCCGACGUACAAGAACACUGCUCACGCUGUAUUCACCAUUGCCCGUCUUGAGGUUUGCGCAAGAAGAAUCUCUCUUACCCUUUUUUUUAAUGGUUUGAGAGGACUUUAUGCAGGCUUCUUCCCUGCUGUUAUCGGUUCUACUGUUUCAUGGGGCUUAUACUUCUUUUUUUAUGGAAGAGCCAAGCAGAGAUAUGCUAAAGGCAGGGACGAUGAGAAACUCAGCCCUGGUCUUCACCUUGCUUCUGCUGCUGAAGCAGGGGCCUUGGUCUGUUUAUGCACAAAUCCGAUUUGGCUUGUCAAAACAAGAUUACAGCUUCAGACACCUCUUCAUCAAACCCAAUCAUACUCCGGCCUAUUAGAUGCCGUUAAAACCAUAGUGAAAGAGGAAGGACCCAGGGCUCUCUACAAGGGUGUUGUCCCUGGUCUGGUACUGCAGGUUUCUCAUGGUGCUAUUCAGUUCACAGCAUAUGAGGAACUUCGUAAAAUCAUUGUGGAUUGGAAAGAAAAGAGAAUAAAGUCGGAAUCCGCUGACAGUUCAUUGAACUCAGGAGAUUAUGCUGCACUUGGUGGCUCCUCCAAAGUCGCUGCAGUUCUUCUUACAUAUCCAUUUCAGGUUAUUCGAGCACGAUUGCAGCAACGACCUGGUACUAACAGAAUUCCAAGAUAUAUAGACAGCUUACAUGUCAUCAGAGAAACCGCGAGAUUCGAAGGUCUCAGAGGUUUCUAUAGGGGACUAACUGCUAAUCUGUUGAAAAAUGUUCCUGCUUCAUCCAUUACAUUCAUCGUCUAUGAAAACGUUCUGAAAUUUCUAAAAAAGCCUCCAACAACAAAAGAUUAGAUCUUUCUCUUCCGGUCUUCACUAUGAUUUCUUAGACUCAACAAAACAGUUGUUGUCACGCCCAAUUCCCUGAAUUAUUCUUUGAUAUACAUACUACACUGUUGCAUUUUGA